CACCCACCUUUACUUCUUCACCAGCAAUGAAUUGGCAGUGACUAGCCAAACAAGUGAAAUUGUGCAUAUGAGACCAAAAGCCUAGGAGCUAUAAUAGCUAGAGACUGUGGAUGUUCUGAAAUCGGGGAGGGAGAUGAUGUGUUUCAUGGAAACCCCAAGAUAGCUGAGAUGAGGGAAGCUUAUUAGAGGCACAUUCAAUGCCAAUAAACCCCACAGCCAUUCUCUCUCUCACUCUUCUCUUUCAAUGCAUCAACCGCAUUUCUGGCCCACAUUACAAGAAACACCCUCAGGCAAGAAGACGUAUCUUUGGUCGACGCCUCCACGUCAAGGAAUGGAGAGAGCCUGGCUUCUGGCUCUCUUGCUCCUCCAAAUCGUGCCCAUGCAGGAGGCUUUGGGCGUGGGAGCCGGCGUAGGCAUCGGCAUCGGGGGCGGGGGAGGCGGCGGCGGCGGCGGCGUCUGGAUUGGUGGAGGAAUUAGCAGCCCGCCAAACGAAAACCCACCCGGGUCGUCUUCAUUGCCCAACCUUGAAGUGGCCUACAAUGCCCUCCAAGCAUGGAAGUCCUCAAUCACAGAAGACCCCCAGGGGGUCUUGAAGUCCUGGGUCGGUCCCAACGUGUGCUCUUACAGGGGGAUUUUCUGUGCAGAUUCCCAGGAGAAUUUCCUGGAAAACAAUGGUCCUGUUCUCGCAGGCAUAGACCUGAACCGCGCGAAUCUGCAGGGCACUCUCGCCGCAGAGCUGGCUUCCCUCACAGACCUGACCCUCCUGCACCUCAACAGCAACAGGCUCUCUGGCUCGGUCCCUAGCUCCUUCACUGGCCUCACCUCUCUCCAGGAGCUCGACCUCAGCAACAAUCGCUUGUCAGGCACAUUCCCAAGCUCGCUCCUUUCCAUGCCCAGCUUGCUCUAUCUUGAUCUCAGGUACAACAGCUUCUCUGGGCCAAUCCCACCUGAGCUCUUCACCAAUGGCAAGCUUGAUGCAAUCUUGCUCAACAACAACCGCUUCGAUGGUGAUCUGCCUGAGACAUUGGGAAGCUCCCAGGCCUCUGUGAUCAAUUUGGCCAACAACAGGCUCAGUGGAAGCAUCCCGGCCAGUCUCGGCUUCAUGAGCGGCAACAAGAUCAGAGAGAUCCUGCUCUUGAACAAUCAGCUCACUGGGUGCAUCCCCGAGGGGAUUGGGCUGUUCUCGGACAUGCAGGUGUUCGAUGUGAGCUACAAUUCCCUGAUGGGUCACUUGCCGGACACCGUCUCCUGCCUUACCCAGAUCGAGGUCCUGAACCUGGGGCACAACAAGCUGUCCGGGGUCUUGCCCGACGUGGUCUGCUCGCUCAAGAGCCUAGUGAACCUCACCGUGGCCUACAAUUUCUUCUCUGGAUUCAGCCAAGAAUGCACGACACUCCCCUUCCGGAAUGUCGGGUUCGAUUUCGCGGCCAAUUGCAUACCGAACCGGCAGAUGCAGAGGCCUCAGCUGGAUUGCUCGGCGAUCCCAGGAGGGGGCUUGAAUUGCCUGAGGAUCCCUGGCGCUUCUCAGCCUCUGAUUUGUGGGGCAAUUGGGGUGUUGUCAAGAACAGUUGGGGAUCUCGCUGGGACUGUCGGUGAUCUCAUCCCGGCAGCUACUCCAUGACAGAAGAGAUACGGGGAGAGAUAGGGACAAGAAAGAGAAAGUCCCCAUUUUUGGUUUGGCCAAGAGAAGAGGUUGGUGAUGCCGGUGUCUCUGCAUUGAAUAGCACUGUUGAAAAUAGUAGACUAUUUCGUUCUUUUACUCAUCCUCUGCUGCAUCGAUUUAUCUGUUCAUGGAACUAGUACAUACAGUAGGUGAUCAUAUGACCUUCCAUGGAGAAGACCAGGGUGUGAGUUUGGAACA